UAUAUAGCGUCCUGGGCCUUCUAGCCACCGACAUACACAAACACACCAACGGCCCCAGGUGACACCCCCCGCAGACAGCUUACAGGAUGGAGGGCCAGUCAGUGUUCACGCUGCUGUUGUUGGCGACCGCUUUGGGUGGAGCUGUGGCCACGCUGUACCAAGACUGCGGCACCACGGCGGAGGUUCACGACUUCACCAUCACGGACUGUGACGUGCCACCGUGCGUGGUGCCACGACCCAGCAUCUACAACGUCAACAUUACCUUCACCCCCGCAAGUGACGCGAUCGAGCUGAACACGAUCAUCGAAGCGACCAUUCUCGGGGAUACCUUCCCUUGGCCAGGCCCUGACGGCUGCCCGCUGCUCGAGAACGACAGCUGUCCCCUACAGGCCGGCCGGCAGUACAAAUACAGCGCCUUCAUGCCCGUGCUGGAAGAGUACCCCGCCAUAUCUGUGGUGGUGUCGUGGAAGCUGCAGGACGAGAAUGAUGUGAUCCACUUCUGCGCACUCUUCCCCAUCGUCCUCGUGUGAGCAACGUCUUGCGUCCGGGACAGUUCACCCGGGAGGCUCCCGUUCCCUUUUAUAAUUCUCCUCCUUCCUUCUUUCAUUUGGCAGAGGUCAGAAUAAUGGAUAGCGGGUAUAUCGUAAUAUUAUGUAAGAUCUGACUAUUUGGAUUGCACGACGAAACAUGAGUGUAUUGAAGGUUUAAGUAUAGCAGAAACCUUUACCUCGUCUUUUAGUUACUUGGUACGUGGUGAAACUUUACGUAGUGCAAGAACUCAUGUGACUAAACUUUGUUAAGAUAUGAAAACCAUUUAAAUCGUCAGCAAAUAUUUGUUUUCAUUAAAAUGUUUACAGUG